ACCCACCAAACUACGGGAUGGCGGAGCAAUCGCGGGGCCGUGUCCCCAUCUUGUUGCUCAAAACGAAGUCGGUACCCAUGGACACGUACGAAGAGCUGUUCCUUGGCCUCGACAAUGGCCGCUACGCUCCCGUUUUUGUGCCAGUGCUGGAGCACAGGUUCAAGCGAGACGCCCUGCGCGAGGUACGCGAGCAUGUCACCAGCCGAGGCUUGGUGCCCAAAUCGCAACAAGGCCUUGCGACAUACGGCGCCCUGAUAUUUACCUCGCAGCGGGCCGUUGAGGCGUUCACCGAGGUCAUCCAAGAAAUUCGCAGCCAAGAAACCUACCGGGUUGACGACCUGCUUCCAGAGAGCCUGCCACUCUAUGUCGUAGGCCCGGCUACCGCGCGCGGACUGCGAGCGUUAGGACUUAAAUGCCCGAUCCUAGGUGAAGAAACUGGCAAUGGUGAAGCCUUAGCUGGCUUUAUCCUUCAACAUUAUAACGCCUUGUAUACAGAUACUCCCAACCCACCUGUUCUGUUCAUGGUCGGAGAUAAGAGAAGGGAUAUAAUACCAAAGACACUCCAGUCGGCAGAGCUGGAGCCGAACACCAGGGCAAAAGUAGACGAAUUGGUUAUAUACGAGACCGGGGAGAUGCAGUCAUUCAAGGAGGACUUUUCGGCCAUUUGGAAAGACAACACCAAGAGGGGUUUUGAACGUCAAUGGAUCGUUGUAUUCUCCCCAAGCGGAUGCCAGGCGAUGCUCGAGAGCCUGGAUCUCUUGGAUGCUGAGACUGGUAGAGCAAAAGCGUCUACCGAACAGAGGAACAUACUCAUAGCCACCAUCGGCCCGACUACUCGCGACUACCUUAUACAGCAAUUUGGUUUUACUCCCGAUGUGUGUGCAGAAAAGCCAACCCCAGAGGGUGUAGCAGAGGGUAUUAAAGAUUUUCUUGAGAAGCGUGCACAUUUGUCUGCAACACGCUUUCUUACACACAAUUCAAGUAACAUGUCCAGCCCCGCGAAAAGCAGCGAUGUCGCAGCUGGCACCAAGAGGAAGCACGAUGUCGAGCCGUCGCCCAAGCGCGAAACUAAAGCAGCGAAGAAGCAGACUACUCUCGAGGAGACGAUGGGAUCAAGCAAAGAAAAGGAUGAGGAGAUGAAAGACGCUUCAGACGACGGCAAGAAUGUGAAACAAACAGACAAAUUUGAGGAAAGGGUCGAUGAGGACCUUGCUGACGCCAGUGAUGAGCAGGCGUUGUCCAACGACGACAAUGCAAAGCCGUCUGAUACCGAGAAACAGGGUGGCAACGAUUCCAACACUCAGUCAAAAGUGCAUACAACGACACGGGACGAAGAAGAAAACGAUUCGCACAAUACUACAAAAGAAUCAGUCGCCGAUGGAGAGGGCGCGAUCGAGAAAUCAUCCCAGCGUGCAAAGCAGGUUCCGUCGAACGUACUUGAAAAAGGCGUCAUCUACUUUUUCACUCGCAACCGCGUCGGCAUUGAAGAAUCUGAAAGCGUGGGUGAUCUACAGCGGACAUUCUUCGUCCUUCGACCUAUGCCAGUCGGUGCCAAACUCGGUGAUGGCCCGCUUGCGGAUGACAACAACAAUCGUCUGUUUGCGCUUCCAAAGAAGGUUUUCCCAAAGUCGCAUAAUGACCGUUUCAUGGCUUUUGUGGAGAAAGCAAACGUUACGAUAAAGGAGCUGAAGGAGGAAUUCUUCAGUGCGGAAGAGUACAAUACAAAGACACAGGGCACUCGGCGCGUUGAGCCCGUUGCUCCAGUGGCUGAGGGUGUGUACGCAAUCACACGUACUGAGGACCGUACAUGUCAUCUUGUCUAUUCUACUACUAUCCCUUCAAAGCUCGGUGAGGUACAAGAUGAUCUGGGUAUCAGGAAUCAGGGCAGUUUCAUCAUCAGCGUCAAGAACCCUGAGCGGAGUGGACCUGCCCAGGCCCAGCUCCCUCAAAAACCCAGUUUCCCUCAAGAAUUUAUCGAAGAGUUCCGUGGACUAGCUUGGGUCGAGGCGAAGCCGAAGUAUCUGGACUAUGAGUACUGUCAGAUUCUACUUAUUGGCGAGAAGCUGGAAUCAGGCGUCAAGCCUACCACGAAGGAUCAGAAGCACGAUAAGGAAACGCCACUCGAAGAGAUUGAGAAGCUCGAGCAUGAAGAUGAGCUUCGGGUCGAGCAUCUUCAUGGUGACGAUUCAGUCUACGAUGACCUCAAGAUUACCAAGAAGGAGUAUCCCCAGGUCUCUACAACCUGGUAAGCGGAUAUUAGGAGUUAUAUUCAUGUUGUUGUUGCCUGAGUACAGGUUUGUCGGGCAGUGUGAAACACGAAUAAUUGGCGUUUAUAAGGGGCGGAAAACAAUGUACCAACCAUGAGUACGUGACGGAACUCGACUCAAUACUGAUGACAGUAUGGUAGGAAAUAGAUAGCGUAACGUAUACCUCUACGUGCCGGGACACAGCGUGUAGAGUGAC